AUAACUCUUACAUUAGUCUCUGUGUUUUUCUAUUGUUUCUUACUUCCACGACUAAAAACGGAAGAUGGGUUUAUUAGGCAAAUUAACUGCACAAGUUGAGAUAAAAUCAGAUGGAGACUUGUUUCAUCAAGUGUUCAGGCACACUCCGCACCAUAUAUCAGGCAUGAGCCCCGAUCUGGUGCAUGGUUGUGGUCUUCAUGAAGGAGAUUGGGGAACUGUAGGAUCUAUUAUUUGUUGGAGUUACACUGAUGAUGGGAAACAGAAGAUCGCAAAGGAGAUAGUUGAAGCCAUCGACGAGGAAAAUAAGUCAAUAAUAUUGAAAGUGAUCGAAGGAGAUCUGCUCGAACACUAUAAGAGCUUUGUCAUCAGAAUUCAUGUGGACACAAAGGGCGAAAUUAAUUUGGUGACCUGGGUUCUAGAGUACGAGAAACUGCACGAGGAUAUUGAAGAUCCAAUCGUGUUUAUCGCUUAUCUCAUUAAGGUCACAAAAAAUAUUGAGACUCAUCAUCUUAAGACUUAAAAAGCAUCAUUACAACAAAAUAAAAAUUAAAUGGAAAAAAUAGAACUAUCGCAAUAACACAUGAUCAUAUAUAAUAGGUUUGUCUGCAAUAAUGGUUCUUACAAUUUUAAUUU